AUGUCAGCACAGACAUCUAAAGGUACAGCACUCAUCAUCGAUGGCGGAUGCGAGUUCAACAUGUCGAAAGGAAACUUAAACCACUACUUGACAGAUGUUGCUAAGAAACAGCUCGAAUCAUUCGGAUGGAAUGUUAUCACUACAGUCGUUGAGAACGGAUACGACAUUCAAGAAGAGAUCGAUAAAUUCCUCAAGUGCAACAUUGUUAUUCUUCAAGUCCCAGGAUGGUGGAUGGGUCUUCCAUGGCAAGUCAAGAAAUACAUCGAUACAGUCUUUUCCUCUGGAAAAGGAACACUAGUCAAAAACGAUGGCCGCACCCGCAAAGAUCCAUCAAAGAAGUAUGGAACUGGUGGAUUAAUGAUAGGAAAGCAUGUUAUGAUCUCGUCAACAUGGAAUGCACCAGAAAUCGCAUUCACAGAAGAAGGACAGUUCUAUGCAGAUCUCGGAAAGAAGAAUCACUGGCUUACAGUCGAGAAGGCUUUCAAGUUCAUCGGUUUCGAUGUCCUCGAAGGAAUGUACUUCUUUGAUGUUCACAAGAACCCACAUGUUGAACAAGAAGUCGAACAAUACAAACAACUUCUCGAAAAGUACUUCAAAUAA